AUGGGUCAGCAGUACUCACGACCAUCUGUCCAGCUCUUCAAAGUGGAGCGCACACGAGGACGUGGAAAUGCUUUUGUCGACGCCCAAUUCGCCAACUCCAAUACCAACUCCGUGUAUUCCUUUCGUUGUGAGGCCUCGGUGCAGACAGCGGUCCGGCCAAUUCGGUGGUUGCUUGAACCGCCAGAACACAGUCUGACAGUUGACGUGGCCAUUCAAGCGACAAACCCUUCCACUGCCAUCUGCCAUGACAGUUGGAAUGAAGGCAGGACAACAGCGGCCGUGGGCUGCGGGACUGAUGAGGCACCGGCGGAGGCAGUCAGCGGCAGACUGUCGCGUACAGACAAUGUGUGUGCACUGCUGGAUGAAAUUAUUCAGAUUUUAGAGAAAGAUGUGAAAGAGGGUAGCGAGAUGUGCAAUGAUUUGCAACAAUACAAGCUUGAGGGCACUGAAGUGAGGCAGCAGUCUCCUGAAAUCCUGCUGCCUGCUUCACAUUCGGCAACUUUGACAGAUGCAGCAGGAGAACGUGAAGUAGAGCAGGACAGUGCGGAUGGGCUGUUUGCUAAUUAUUCGACCUACUCACGUCUGAGCGACAGUCAGGCCAGUUUGAGAGAAUUCGAGGAACUUGAGAAGACCAUGGAAUUGAUGGAGGCCUCCAGUGCACAGCCAUCGAGGGAAAUGCCGGUAGUUCGUGAGAGAGUAGGAUGCUCUACACCGAAGUCAGUCGUUUGCAGUGAAGGCGAAGCUAAGUCGGCUGUUCUACCGUAUGAGAAUAAGUUUUGGAUUGGUUGUGGGACGGACAAUCUGAAGGUCUUCAAGAAUCCGAAGGAUCGUCGCAUAGAGUCAAUUGCGCGUGUCAGUGGAUGCCGCAUAACGUUGAGUGAAAUCAAACGGAGAAAUGGGCUCGGUCAAUGGCAGCAAUUGGUGGUUGUUGAAUCGCCAUCGGAGACGGGUCUGAAGAAGUGCACGAAUCUGCUGGAUGAGAGAUUUCCUGCUUUCAGAGCCAGCUUGGGUCGAAUGAAUUGUAAGUUGGACUUCCGGUGAGCACUUCUCUUGCUUGCACGUGCAUGCAUAUGACGAGGAUAAUGUGAGCAGAGACGCCGUCUCUAUGUCAGUUGACGUUCGAUCGAUCUCGAGAUUUGACUGGCCAGCAUAUUACGGCGGUUGAAGUGAGCAAUUAGCAGAUGGAUUAGAAUAAUUCUAAAUAGUAGCCGAAAUUCGGGUUCUGAUUUAGUAAUUUGUCUGCAGAUGAGAGGGAAUAGGCGAGGUUCUUUGGGCAGUAAACGGAAGUCAAUGGCAGACCAAAUGAGAUUCUGGUGGUUGUGGGAAUGAAUGGGGAGAGUGCAUUUCUGCAUGUUUGUAUUGCACUGCAUAUGAAUAUACAGUGGAUUGGAAUUAGGGGCCUUUUAAGAGUCAAUCGAACUCGCAAAGUCUGGGUAGCUUGUGUUAGAAUGCACUUGCUGUAAUCCAACCGGAUACAGCUACUAGAUAGACACUGACGAAGAAAGCCUGGUUAACAAAUACUGCAGGAAGACUUACUCGUUUCUACGGAACUGCCUGCCGUUUAAUUUCUAGACCAAGUUUAGUAGGCUAUGCCUGGUUUGCGUCCUUACUGCCUGAGAGGACGAAUACAACGCACGAAGUUACGGAGAACUGUUCGAAUACUAGUAUCGGCCAUAUGCACCUCGAGAACUCUUUGCGUCUGUUUGUAGGUCUCUUAGGCUUGACAAUGGAGCGGUCUAGUCGAGAUCUUUAGCUCCGUGAACGUCUAGUUUUGAAUUGAUAGCUCCAACUGGUAGAUAGGACUGAGUCUGUUAAUUGGUGUGUAGGGAAUUUCGUCAAUAUUGCCUCGGGGUGAAUUCAGGGCAUCAGGCGAUUCCUCCACACAGAUCGUCAUCCGAGGAGGGCUCUGUGAAAUCCGUGUCCCGGCCGACGUCAGUGGUCCCGCUGAAUGGGUGACCUUGCCACUCGGUGGACAAGAUGGACAGUCGUGAUAACGUGAGGUAUAGAGUAGAUGUUGUUUUUGACGGAUUUCAGUACUCGUAAAUGGAAUGGGACUUGAAAGGGAUUGACAAUGGUCUGACUUUGAAUAGGAGAGCGUGUUGCGAACAGGUUUAUUAACCUGUGAAGACAGGAGAACAUUUGCCGAAGAUACAUAUGCGUAAAAGGCGAAAAGGCAAAAAAUGUGAUGGCUACGUAUAGAAGGAGUCCAGAUUUCCGAAAUAUGACAGACGCAUUUGUCUGUUUGGGCGAUUAAGACGUUGCUCUAGAUUGGGAUAACUUGGAAAUUCACAGGAACCGGGAAAAUCUUCAUGAAAACUGGAUUUCUCUUUGCGGUGUAUGCAUUAGUCUAGCCGCUAAAUUUAACCUACCCGCCUUCGAAAGUUUAGCCCAUGUCCACUUAUCUGUUUUUGAAUGAAAAGUAGAAUAGUUUUGAUGUCAGAAUAUAGUAACUGCGCCAGCCAUUGACAUCAGUGCGUCACAUCUGAUCCACUCAAAUCUCGAGUGUGUAGGUGAUAUUCGGAGUGGUUGACAGUGGGUGCAUCCACAUAACCGAACUUCCAUGCAUGCAAGUGAGAGGAGCCGUCACCAGUAGACCUGCUUCCUGUCGACAGUAAUCCCCGAGUACGACUUUGGAGGCAGGAAAUUUGUCAUGCAACAGCCCAGGCAGCUCCAAAAUGCCGACUGAACAAUCACCAGUUGCUGUCAGUGGCUCAUUCAUUAAUUCACUCCACCUGCUUUCUAUCAGCCUUAUGUUGCAUCCAUUAGUAGGCAUGAUGAAUCCCGUGGCAGAUCCCUCGGAUUACUGAAGGCGUUCAGCUCUCCGUCGAUACGCCGGUCAAGAUCUCAGCCUGUCUCUCGGUACAGCAGUCCGUCUAGCCUUGUUUUCCCACAAACGACGUGCCUCAGGUUAGACGCACUUGCUCUCUCAUGACCCGCCCGUCUUUCCACUCAUCGCUGUCCCGUGGCGGUUUCCAUCACUGCAGGUCACCUCUCAACUUCGUCGACCUCCCUCCAACUCACCUCCCUCGCACUAGAUGAUGUGUAGACCGAAUCAUUAGCGAACAGUCCAUGCACACUGCUGCACUCUACUUCACGCCCUGCUGAUGUAUCUGCACAAGUUGCCGAAUGUGAAGUGAGCGGCAGGAAUUCAGGAGACUUCUGUCUCACUGCAAUCUCUUCCAGCUUGCAUUGUUGUAAAUCCCUCACUAUCUCCUUAUUCUCUUUUUCUCUUUUCUCUAAAAUCUGGAUAAUUUCAUCUGCAUGCUGCGCUGCCAUCGCCUGUAUCUGAUUCAUGCUUGUUACGUGCAUUUACUACGAACUCUCGAACAACAGGCAUUCUUCCAUCUUGAUCAUCAGCCAUAUUCUCGUCUUCUUAUUCUUCUCCCAUGUUCCUCAGAAAUUCGAAUAAUUUCAUCUGCAUUCUGUCCUGUCAAUGCCUGUACACGAUCCAUGUUUGCUCCAUGUGUUUAAUAUGAGUUCUAGUUAAGCAGUCAGUCUUUUUUGUCUGGUGUAUCAUCCGUAUUCUUAUGGGCCGUAUGUUCGGCGUACUCCUAGAUCCCUACUCCACCGUGGAUAUUGCGUUUGUGAGUGAAUGUUUGUCCUAGCGGACUGUGUAUUCAAGUAAAUAUGGGGAUAAUGGUCCGGGUUGGCUCUCAAAUAUGUGUUGGGUGUGGUAGUUUAAGUAAGAAGAGGGAGAGAGAAACGGGGACGCAAUCAAAAGUUGGGGUUUUGAGUGACAGAAGACGCAGAGGGGGGAACUGUAUCUGGGACAGCGGUUUUUAAAUAAAGGUGGGGCUUGUCGCUAAGCCGAUUUUCUAGAUAACAUUUGGAGGUAAUUCGUCUUGGCCUAACCGGAGAGAGCGUUCGCACAAACUGGGAGGUAGCGAAUGUGAUUGGUUGGGUCCUCCCUUACACUGCGAGGGACUGGGGAGAGCACCUCAGCUCGGAGUCUGAAAAUGGCACCCAGCACCAAGUAGGUGGCAGAGAAUUCAAGGUCCGAAUGAAUGUUAAACAGUACCGCUGGAUGGUGCUCAAUCCACUUCUCUGGACACCCUGUGGCGUGUAAGGGGGUAUUUGGGUGGCGAUAAAACUCCUCGACCACUGCUUUCGCAGUUGGGUCAUAGACUUCGUUAAAGCCUGAAAAGGAGGCGAGAUCGGAAGGGGCGCGUCUCAAAUUGCGUAUAGUGAUCAGUAGUUACGGUAAAGUGGCAGCAACGAUGGUACUGAGAAAUGUCUUGGUCACCGUUCUGGUUUCGACAUUCGGCAGUGGAAUAUCUUCGAUCAAUGGAUGAAUUUGUCCACACAGGUGAAAAGUUAUUAACAGCUAUCAAAGAAAAGUGGAGGUCUGUAACAUCGUGGGGGACGUGGUUGAACCAAACAGCAGGUUAGAAGAAAAUGAAGACGGAGCUUUGCCGUGUCGACAGACCUUGCUCCGACGAGAGUCGAGGCAGGCCCGUGCCGAAAGCUUCAGGCUCUCGUACAAGACAGAUCAGGCGAGGCAUUCGGAGACCAAUUCGAUCGUCGCUGGACUUCAAGGUUCUGAUUGAUAAUGCAGGAGGCAGAAGGUGCUUCGGUGUACGGAUGGUAGCACGACGGACGCUGGGAGGUGGCGGGCACGUCACUGCGGAUGUUGCUGCUAGUAGUAGUAGUAGUAGUAGUAGUAGUAGUAGUAGGCAGAUGGAGGUUAUACAGUUUGGGUGUGUAGACGUGCAUGUCAAAGAUGGAACCGGUAAGCCAUUUCAGUGACAUCGGUCACUAUGACCAGCUGAUUGUCUGGACAGCUUGUCAUCCAUUUCAUUCUGCAAUUCAUAUACGUGACGAAUAUCGGACGUGGACUGAGGCACUGAGUCAGUUGGGGAAUCUCCCUUGCGUUUCGAUUGUCUGGUUGCGACUGUCAACUAAAGGAGAGGGGCCUGUAGUUCUUGGAGAUGAUCUGAUCCCUACCCCCAUGUCCCAGAAACCACUGUCAGUGGGAAGGACGAUGGGAAUUCUUGAAUGACAGCAGCAUUCAAAGGGAGGGAUGGAUACUGGUGGAGUCGACCGGUGAUCCGAGGUGCUCGCUGAAGGGAGGGUUGAAAGUCUACUUCAGCCCGUAAAGGCUUUGGACAUCAGCCACUAUUACACCGGUCACAUUAUCUGAUUCGGAGCUCGAGCCAUCUCAGGGUUACUAAACUUCAUCACACAGACUCCUCCUGUAGAACGUCACCUGGUCCCCGAUGCAGUGGCCUGCAACCAAUCAUCUGCCUUCAGUUAUUUGCAUGUAAUGCAAUGUCGAAUGCGCAGUGAUGUCUUCGUAGGGAUCAAUUAUAGGGGCCGCAACCCGGUGAAACCUACAUUCAGAUUCUACGGGGAAAAAUCAGGCGAAUGACAGAAGGAGAAGGGUUUUACUCCGUACUGAAGGGCCUAAGGGAACUUAUGGUAGAGAAUGUGCUUUGGCAUUUAUCAGGGGUCUGCGCCAACCAGUAAGGGCCAGGAGAGCGGUGAGACCAUAAGAGAUUGGGGACCAUUGUUAGCUAUAGAAAAUCAAUAAACGAUCGAAUGGAUUCUCCAGUGCAGCAGUUGUCCGAUGCGGUGAUUGGAUAAAUCAUGCCUUGCCGGUCAGGAGGCUGAGUUUCGCUAAGGCCUACAAGUAUGCCCCCGCAUAAAUACCUGACAAGUAAAAACAACAAAUCAAUGAUAUCUGUUACUGUGCCUUCGGCACAGUAAUCUAUUUCACGUGAAGCAGGUCCGUAUAGCAUCCGUAGCAUUCACUGCUCCCACGCCCAUCGUGCUCUGUUGAUGAGCAUUCACGCAGCACUUGCGCAGCAAAAAGUCUUAGUUCAUGCGGGCCGCAUACAUACAAGUCUCCGUUCCACACGAAUCUUUUCUAAAAGAGUGUUUGUAAUUUGUCCAGAGGGGUAUGUGCUCGAAAGACCGCAUUAAUAGAAUGAAGUUGUAAUAGGCUGACAUUCGUUUCGGAAGGAAUUCUUGCUCACCCAUCCACUAGCGAUCAACAAGACCACGGCUGUUGGUGUGUCCUGUUAGAUUAAAGCGUGUUCGACGGAUUAUGCCAAGGAAGUAACGCGCAGAUUUUCGAGAUGACCUGGUAUCAUUCGCUCCUUCCUGACCCCACGUCAGUGGCAAGGCCCAGCGCCACAGACUUUUUAUUAAACGGGGCACAGUGAUGAAGUGGCUUAAUGAACACCAUACGCAAACUUCAUACACGUGUUGGAUACCCACUGCAAACUAAUCAGACUAAACCAAAUAUCGUAACGAUGUUGGCAUAAUGCGUCGCGUGUAUUCUGGCUGAGAUGGCUGGUUACCAUUCUCUCUGGGAAAUCCGUGGAUUACCUUGCUACUUAAUUAGCUAAGGUAGUUUGGAAUACCUUUUCAAAAUUUGCCUCAAGGAUUACCACAGUAAUGCCAAAUGGGGUCUGAAUUAGUUGUUAGUGAUAAAGCUAGACUUGGCCACUCGAUCUAAGCGCAAAGUUAUUUGCAAUGAUGGCCAAGCCUCCCCUAUUCUGCAGCACGCUGCUCAACCCCAUUUCAACUAUUUACCGUUCCCAAAGGCGUCAGAAUAUCUAAUCUUUGCCACGCCAACCCAUCGCCGUAGCAGCAGCCUCAAAAAUACCACUGCCCAUAGUAGCAUCACCAUCAACACAACCGACUCUGCAGUUCGCGACAUGUCCUGCCCACACUUCCAUCGCACAUCCAUCUUACGCAUCGGCCUUGUCAGUCGCUUGCGGACCCACCGCAGGGAGGCUGGCAAACCAGCGCCUGGAGCACCAACACACACUCACCGCAUCUGCCUCGACGGUCCGCACUGCCCAUCCACCUUCAUUUAACACAUGAGCCUAAUAGGCCGCAUGCGCAUUCAAGAAAACCUGUGGUAGACAACCUCCAGGCAUGCCACACCAUCACAUCUCUCCCCACCAGCACCCGCACCACACAACACCAUCACUCAUCACAAGCACCUAAUUCUCACCUCCCGCGCAAGUGGGUAGGGCGCUUCUCGGAUCCUUCUCCAUGAGGCUCCUUUGCUGCGUGUGUGAGUCGAGUCUGAGGCUAUCACGGCACAGCAAGCGCUGUGGCUUGGAAGGCUGCUGACUGAAUCCCCAACUCAGUCCACUCUGUCUGCCCAGUUGUGUGAGUGGCAGACUGGUGGGCUGAGAUCCAGGAUGAUGCGGCUCCUUCUUAACGUGACCAACGUCACUUUCACGCAUGUCCGAGUGCACCGCUUAACCCCCGUACUGUGAAAUCCUGGUGUAUGUAUGUCUGGGAGCCAGGUCGUGCAUGUGGCGCGCGCAGGCAGACAAGAUCACUAGACUAUGUCAGCCAGCGCACCCAUUCCCCGCUGCAGUCAGCUGAGCGGCUCGGAUAGUGGCUGCGGUGUGGGAAUGGGAAGGGCGAGUGAGGUCGACGACUCAGUGCAUUUUCCUUACUAUAAACAAUCUGACGCGCUUGAAGCUAUCACGGUGCGCUAAAAACCGUGACUUGGAAGGUUGCCAACUGGCGGGAUAACUUGGACACCGCAGUCGGCCCAGUGUUGUGCGUGUUUGUUUGGAGUGGCUGGCUGGUGGUCUAAGAGUUCGGCUGCAACGGGUCCUUCUUAAUGUGGCCUUUACGGCACUCCCAAUGUCUGGGGUCCGAGCCGGGUGUGUGCGGCACGCCUAGGUGCGGCUUCGACCGUGCCAGUCUCCAAUCCCUGUUGUUGUUGGCCAAAACCUGGUUAUUUGUUGUGUGAAUCAGGAGGUUAGUGGAACACCAAGGUGUGGGCUCGACCGUGCCAUCCACAUGCGCCCUCCCCCGUCUCCGGUCUUCUUGACUCUGUCUUGAGACCGGACCCAGGUGGGGGAGGGGGUGAGAGCGUGGUAGACGCAGCGCAAGUCUACUCUCACUAUAAAUCACGCGCAAGUCACCGUCCCUGCUCUAACCCUGCUGUGGAGCAUAUGGUGGACAGCAUCGAAAUAGGCGAUCGAACUCUCGUGUGUGUGUUGUAGGGGUGUCCAGCUGUGAGUCUACAUGAUGAUUGUAGUAGGUCGGUCACAUGCUUGCCGACGUUGAUUAAGCCUAGCGUACAUUAACUGAAACCCAACUCUUACACUUGGUUCCCCGAAGCUAGGCACUGUCUAACGGCCACACUCCAUUAGCCCUCUCGACCGUCAGGCUAAAUCCGUUGGUGUAUUCGUGUGUGCCUCUCCCCAUCCACCGCUGCUGGUCGCACAGAUCAUCGUAUCGCCAUUUCCGCAGGAGGCCCCAAGUUAUGUGACCCCCCAGGUGAGCCAAAUAUCGCUUGAUUCGCUUGAUUCCUUUACUUACAUUUCAGCAAGCUAUCCCACCAGUGGCUGUAAGACCGGCAGCUUUCUACUCCCUCGCUCUAUUUACUCUCUUCUCUAAUCUACACCUUUCGUCUGCAGCCCUACGGGAGUCCACAAGGUAAAUGACCACCAUGUAAGCUAAUUGCCGUCCUGAUGAAGACCGUUCUGUUGAAUUUGUCUGCUCACCGUCUAUAUUUAGGCAACCAGUUAACUCACAGAUGGAAGAAGAACGUCGUUUCCAGUCUCUCCACCCUUCUCUCACUCCCAAAUUCAAAAGGUCUUAGGGAUAGGGCGACAUUUGAUCACGCAAACGGCCCAAUGAACAAAGUUGUGGCCCAUGGUAAAGUCCGGCAGCCGUCUGGGGUGUCUAUGCAGUCUUAUUUAGGGACAGCAGUGCUUACCCCCGCAGGAGGGGGGUGGAGCUAGUAUAGGCGUCCAGAACCAAUGCUGGUUUCACGUCCUCUGCUCAUAUACCGUGGCUCGCAAAUGCAAAACACACAGCCGGGACCACCAAAUACGAAGCAGCACUCUCUCUCAUCUUCCUCCGCGCCGCCCCACCCCACAGAAUGCUCGUUCCCUUUUAGACACUCCCAAGAGCAAACAACCGGUAUGGAGGAUGGCUGUAGUCGCUCGUGAACUGGCGCGCCAAAAGGCAGACAUUGCUGCACUCAGUGAGACCCUGUUCUGUGAACAGAGCCAACUGGCGGAGGUGAGUUCCGGCCACAACUACUUCUGGAUCGGUUGCCCAAUAGAAAGAGGCUGGACCCGGGCGUCGCAUUUGCCAUCCGGAACGACAUCGUGGGACGACUGCCCUGUCUGCCGCAGGUCAUCAACGAUGGUCUGUUCCUCCUACGAACCUGCGCAGAACACCGUCUCAUCCUGACCAACACCUCCUUCCGCCUUCCGACGUGAGAGAAGGCCUCCGGAUGCAUCCUCGGUCGCGUCAGUGGCACCUGUUGGACUAUGUCCUCGUCCGGAGGCGAAACCAGCAGGACGUGCUGGUGACAAAGGCGAUCCCAGGUGCCGACGGGUGA